AUGACAGCUUGUGUUUGUCAACGAACCCCUGGCCCUUUCUCUUGUUUCCCUUUCCUCCACUCUCCACCGAGUAUCCUUGGAUACGUACCAAUUAUUCCACGGUCAACUUUUUGGCCGUCCACCUCACUCUCUUCCGUCACACUCACUCCCCUUUCAGAAGAGGAUGCAACCAUGUGUCUGCCGGGCUCGCUGCGUGACAAUCGCCGCCCAUCCAUCCGCCAAGAAACGUUUGGCUGGCACGACUCGAACGGCGGGAUGGCACAUGGAUCGAUGCCAAUCGUCAGCCCAGAGUUCAAACAACCGUCGACAGUCGACCCAAUCCUGCCGCCACCAAAAGGGGGAAUCAAGGAUUGCGAUGAUCUGCCUUCUGGAAAGAAUGCCCAACAUCGUCAGACCAGCACAGCCGAGACCAGUCCGGCGCGUCACUCGCUCUCCUUUGACACCUCUUCCGAACGUCGACGGACCGGUGCCUUCAAUACCAACACUACGUCCGAUGCAGCGACUGCUGCCUCCACUUACGUAUCCGCACUUCGCCAACUACACAAGCGUUGGCCUGCGACCGCCAUGUAUUUUCUCUGCCAUAUUGCCUUCUGUGUGGCGUACAGCCUUUCUUCAGGAAGCUUGACGUGGCCAACACGCAUUUGUACUGCUCUAUCCGGAUGGACGGAUCCUAUCCAAUUCUUUCACCACGGCCGUCAUCACCAGGGGAGUAUUCGAGGAGGGACCGAACCUCUUAAUCAAUACAAUCGCCAAUCCACCGGCACCUCGAUCAACUCGUGGGCCCCGACGGACGCCGACCCGCCAACUCUGAGCGAUUCGCACGCGGCACCGUUCACAUCCUGGCAGAAGAUUGUGCGAUUCAAGAUGUGCGAGCCGCGGCGCAUCGUCAACCUGCCAGGUUUCUCCGGGAAGCCACCAUCAUCCUUGUCUGAACAGUGUGAUAUGAUCCGCCUUGAACGGAGGAAAAAAGAAGGGCUGGACUGGGCUGUUGUAAAGUUAAUCAAGACAGCGUCAACCAAAAAGCCCAACAGCCGAGAAAGGUCUCGUGGCCGGUGGUUCCCGGCCGUCCCCAGUGGUAGCUCAACCAGACCGAGACAGAGGCGUCAUUGGCUGGGUGUUCCGUCGUCCGCCAUCCUCGCCCGUUGGCAGGCCCCCCUGAAGUUUCACUGUUUCAUCCUGCGCCAUCCCACCCCAGUGGCGCCGUGUGCCUUGCGUGCCUGCGCAAGCCGGACAGGGAUCCAUGUCGGCGUUCAUGGCCUUUCACCAGUCAGCGCUCCUUGCGCUCUUGGGCCCAGCGAUUUCACUCGCCCAUCCGCCCCCGCAACCACACAACUCUCUGCUGCCCUUGCGCAUCUUCCAGGGGAAUCGCCUUGUGGUGGGGUGGGAACCAGUCGAUCAGGAACUGCAUUUUUCUCGCCUGGCUGCUUGCGGGAGGCAAAGACUCUCGGUCUAGAAGCCAGGAGAAAUCCCUCAGCGACUUCGAAAUCGCCCAAAUGGCACCGUUGGCUGGUAAUAUUCUUCAUUACACUACGGGUGCCUCGAACGAUUGACGUGGGCAUGGCCCUGCUCGAGCUUGAUACUCGGAAGAACAAAAUAAAGGAUUGCAUCCGCGAACAGACCUAG